CAGGGCGCCCUGGCUCGGUGCGGCCCCCACCCCGGAUGGGUGGGCGGGGCCUGGGAUCUCUCGGCCGCCACCCUGGUCGCCGCCCCCGUCCCCGCGGGGCUGAGGCCGGGAGGCCCCGCCCCCCGCCCACGAGGAAGUGGCUGCGGCGCGGCGCGGGGCCCAGAGCCGGUUCGGCGCGUCGACUGCCCAGAGUCCGCGGCCGGGGCGCCCCGAGGAGCUGAGCGGUCAUGGCUUACCACAGCUUCCUCGUGGAGCCCAUCAGCUGUCACGCCUGGAACAAGGACCGCACCCAGAUUGCCAUCUGCCCCAACAACCACGAGGUACACAUCUAUGAGAAGAGCGGGGCCAAGUGGGUCAAGGUGCACGAGCUCAAGGAGCACAAUGGACAGGUGACAGGCAUCGACUGGGCCCCCGAAAGUAACCGGAUUGUGACCUGCGGCACAGACCGCAACGCCUACGUGUGGACGCUGAAGGGCCGCACGUGGAAGCCCACGCUGGUCAUCCUGCGGAUCAACCGGGCUGCUCGCUGUGUGCGCUGGGCCCCCAACGAGAACAAGUUUGCUGUGGGGAGUGGUUCCCGUGUCAUCUCCAUCUGUUAUUUUGAGCAGGAAAAUGACUGGUGGGUGUGCAAGCACAUCAAGAAGCCCAUCCGCUCCACAGUCCUCAGCCUGGACUGGCACCCCAACAACGUGCUCCUGGCCGCAGGCUCCUGUGACUUCAAGUGCCGGAUCUUCUCAGCCUACAUCAAGGAGGUAGAGGAGCGUCCAGCACCCACCCCGUGGGGCUCCAAGAUGCCAUUUGGGGAGCUCAUGUUUGAGUCCAGCAGUAGCUGUGGCUGGGUGCAUGGCGUCUGCUUUUCAGCCAGUGGCAGCCGCGUGGCCUGGGUCAGCCACGACAGCACUGUGUGCCUGGCCGAUGCCGACAAGAAAAUGGCCGUGGCAACUCUGGCCUCUGAAACACUGCCGCUGCUGGCCCUGACCUUCAUCACCGAGAACAGUCUGGUGGCAGCGGGCCACGACUGUUUCCCGGUGCUGUUUACCUACGACAGCGCCACGGGGACGCUAAGCUUCGGUGGGCGGCUGGAUGUGCCCAAGCAAAGCUCGCAGCGUGGCUUGACGGCCCGGGAGCGCUUCCAGAACCUGGACAAGAAGGCGAGCUCAGAGGGCGGUGCGGCCGCAGGCUCGGGCCUGGACUCGCUGCACAAGAACAGCGUGAGCCAGAUCUCGGUGCUCACCGGAGGAAAGGCCAAGUGCUCCCAGUUCUGCACCACGGGCAUGGAUGGCGGCAUGAGCAUCUGGGACGUGAAGAGCUUGGAAUCAGCCUUGAAGGACCUCAAGAUCAAAUGACCUGUGAGAAAUAUGUUGCCCUCAUCUCAACUGCUGGGGGGAGGGGGUCAGGGAGGCUAAGGGUUGCUUUGCUGAACGUUUCUAGGGUACCAGUUUGGGUCCCCAUGGGGACUGCUCCAUCCAGAGGGGAGGGGCGGGGUGGGAAGCUUUUCUUACCUAUCGAAGGAACAUGUGCCUUUUUCUUAAAGAAAUGCUUUCAUUUAUUGUGAAAAACAAAUGUUCCCAAAGCACGGUGCUGGUCAUGAACUGCUUCAAAAACAUGGAGGGAAUAAAAAAGCAGUCACAGACCUGG